UCAAAACAUAUAGUCUACACCGAUGACAACAGAAAUAGUCAUCUCAAAUCUAAGGGUGCCUUUUCCUUGAAGCAGUAAAUAUGGAUAAAUGGGCAAGAUGAAUCGCCUACAAAAUUUUUAUAGUAUUUCAUGGUAAUGUGGACAUUAUCAACUGGCACGCCAUUAGUUUUCCCUAUUAAUUUAAGCUAAGCAACGCCAUUUCAAGGUUAUUUAUAAUUUCUCGAACAAGUUGGAUCAGAUGUCAGAGGCAAAAUCAAGAAGCCUUUAUCCUUCAAGACAUUUUUCCGGCAAUGCUAACAGUUUGAGCAAAGGUCUUCAUGCAUUACAUAUAUAGUUUGUAGAAGAGAUCAAGUCGAUCUUGAUCACGCGCGCAUCAGGAAGUAUAACUGCUUGGAAUCACAGUGACUUUGAGUUAUAGUUCGAGAAGAAAAUAACUCGAUUCUUAUUAAUAAAGGACAAGGAAAGGGACAAUCCUUAAUAUUAGUGGAUAAGGAAAUUCAAUCCUUCCUGACAAAGGAGUCAGUCAGUCUAGUCUAUAAAAAUAUUCAGAGAUCAUACCUUGUUUUCCAUUCCAUUCUUAGUAAUCACAGCUCAUAGCAUUUCAGUACUCUCGAUCUUUGCUCAUCAACACACUUUGUGAUUUCAUGGCUGUAACAACUGACGGGGAUCUAAAAACAGACUCUGCUGACAUUCUAGCAGCAGAGCAAAAGGAGGAGGAGGAGAAGAUGGCGCCAGUUAGUAAUGUGGAUCAACCUGCUGCUGUAACAUCUGUCUCCAGUAGUAUCGGCUCGGAAAAGAUAUCUCUGUUCAUUGGACAGUUCCCUAUCAGGAUACCAUCCUACUCAGAGGAAACCAAAACCAAUGAUCAAGAGAUGAACAAUAAUGUGGAGUUGGAUUUGGAAAAGGAUACUCAAGGCACUGUUAUGUGUAGUACUCUUCCUGUUGAGGAAAUAAAUAAUAUCAUCAACACUGUCCUUGAGACCAAUCAAUUUGCAGAUGUAAUGAACAUCAAGGGGAUCCCACUAGUUUCCGAGGCAAAUAGUACUGUUGACCAGGCAAAGAGUAAUGAUGAUGAAAAAUCUGAGGCAAGAGGAAAUGAGGUUAUUAGGGAGGAAGAGCAGGAAGAGUUAAAUGCUGAUGCAAUUGUUCUUGGUACCACUACUACUACUGUGACUAGUAGUGUUCCUCUUCAGGAAGGAAAUAAUAUCAACUAUGUCCCCAAGGCCAAUCAAUUUGCAGAUUUGAUGAACACAAAGGAAAGCCUAGUAGUUUCGGAGGCAAAGACUACUAUGGACCAGGCAAAGAACAGUAACGAUGCUAAAGAUAAAUUUGAAGUAAGAAAAAAGCUUACUAAGGCAAAGCAGAAUGCGCCAAAAGCAGUAGCAACCAAGAAGACAGAAAACCAGGCACAGAAGCAGAAAGCCAAAGCCAUAAGAAUUGAAGGAUAUAAUGAGUUUUCUCUUCUUGAAGAAUUAGAAAAUGAGCAGGAGCUGGACAUAGAGGCCAAGAGAGUAGAGGAAGCUGCAACUACAACUGAAGAAAAACCUCAUGAAAAUGAGUUUGAUGCGGAAAGUAGUUCUGAGAAGGAGCAAGACAUAGAGGCCAAAAGAGUUAAGGAAGCUGCAACCAUAGUGGCAGUUGCAACUGCAAGCACAUCUGAAGAAAAAGCUCAUAAAAGUGAGUCUGAUGCCCAAAGUGGGUCUGAGAAGGAGCAAGACGUAGAGGCCAAAAGAGUUGAGGAAGAUGCAGCUGCCAAGAAGAAAAGAGAGAAGAGAAAAAGGAAGAAAAAAAGUAAGGCAGAGAAACUUAAUGGAAGUUUCCCAUCAGUCGGAGUUUUUUCUUUGGCAUUGAAUUAA